GUGUGAGAAGCAGUGUGUGUGUGUGUGUGUGUGUGUGAGAGAGAGAGAGAGAGAGAGAGAGUGUGUGUGUGUGUGUGUGGUGUAAAAUGUGCUUUUCAAAGUGCUGAGAGGUUGAUGGGAAUGUUUGAUUAGCUCCCCUCAGAAGAGAAAAGGUGCUUGGACCUCUUCUUUCUUCUUUAAGAAUAAUUUGGAUGGGAUCUGUGAUGCAGACAAGCUUAAGCAAAAAAGGAUAUCCAUUCUGUGUGGUGGAAGAGUUCUGAAAAAAAAAUUGCUUUCUUCAAACAAGGGUGCCAUUUUGGCAUUUAUGGGGAUUGUUGUCCUCACUAUGAAGGCAUCUGUUAUUGAAGUGUUCCUUGUUUUGCUGGUGACUGGAAUACACUCAAAUAAAGAAAUGACAAAGAAGAUUAAAAGGCCCAAAUUCACUGUGCCUCAGAUCAACUGUGAUGUGAAAGCUGGAAAGAUAAUCAACCCCGAGUUCAUUGUGAAAUGUCCAGCAGGAUGCCAAGACCCCAGGUACCACGUUUAUGGCACUGACGUCUACGCGUCCUACUCCAGCGUGUGUGGCGCUGCGGUUCACAGUGGUGUGCUCGAUAACUCAGGAGGGAAAAUACUUGUUCAGAAAGUUGCUGGACAGUCUAGCUAUAAAGGGAGUUACUCCAAUGGUGUCCGGUCAUUAUCCCUUCCACGAUGGAGAGAGUCCUUUGUCGUCUCAGAAGGUAAACCACAAAAAGGUGUAACCUACCCACACACACACACACAUACAAGUAGCAAAUCAGUAUCAGCAAAGGCAGGUGAGACCACAAAAGCUGAUCACAGCUCAUCAGUUCCAGGGACAACUGCACAGCCGGUCACCCUGAUGCAGGUACCGGGGACCACCAUGGUCGGAGCCACCCACACCACAUUGCCAAAGCCAUCCCCAUCUGCAGGCUCCACCAGCAGCAGCCUCAGACCACAGCCUGUGGGCCAGAGAAGCCGGGAGCUGGGGGAGCCUGACUUGUGGAAACCUGGAUCAGUCCUUCUAGAUGCAGGAUUUGUUCCAAAAGAAGAAUUAAGCACACAGUCUUUGGAACCAGUGUCCCAGGGAGAUCCAAACUGCAAGAUCGACUUGUCGUUUCUCAUCGAUGGGAGCUCAAGCAUUGGCAAACGUCGAUUCCGAAUCCAGAAGCAGUUCCUGGCUGACGUCGCCCAAGUUCUGGACGUUGGCCCUGCUGGUCCACUGAUGGGUGUUGUUCAGUACGGAGAUAACCCUGCUACCCAAUUUAACCUCAAGACUCACACAAAUUCCCAGGACCUAAAGACAGCCAUAGAGAAAAUUACCCAGAGAGGAGGGCUUUCUAAUGCAGGCCGGGCCAUCUCCUUUGUGACCAAGAACUUCUUUUCCAAAUCUAAUGGAAACAGAGGCGGUGCUCCCAAUGUGGCUGUGGUGAUGGUGGACGGCUGGCCCACGGACAAGGUGGAAGAGGCUUCAAGGUUCGCGAGAGAGUCAGGAAUCAACAUUUUCUUCAUCACCAUUGAAGGUGCCACUGAAAAUGAGAAGCAGUAUGUGCUGGAGCCCAACUUUGCAAACAAGGCUGUGUGCAGAACCAAUGGCUUCUACUCGCUCAAUGUGCAGAACUGGUUCGGCCUCCACAAGACCGUGCAGCACCUGGUGAAGCGGGUCUGUGACGUGGACCGACUGGCCUGCAGCAAGACCUGCUUAAACUCAGCCGACAUUGGCUUCGUCAUCGACGGCUCCAGCAGCGUUGGGACAAGCAACUUCCGAACAGUCCUCCAGUUCGUGGCCAACCUCAGCAAAGAGUUUGAGAUUUCAGACACGGACACGCGGAUCGGGGCCAUGCAGUACACCUACGAGCAGCGGCUAGAGUUUGGGUUUGAGGAGCACAGCAGCAAGGCUGACGUCCUCAAUGCCAUCAAGAAGGUGGGGUACUGGAGCGGUGGCACCAGCACAGGGGCCGCCAUAAACUACGCCCUGGAACAGCUCUUCAAGAAGUCCAAGCCCAACAAGAGGAAGCUGAUGAUCCUCAUCACUGACGGGAGGUCCUACGAUGACGUCAGGAUACCGUCCACAGUUGCCCAUCACAAGGGAGUGAUCACCUAUGCAAUAGGCGUGGCCUGGGCUGCACAGGACGAGCUGGAAGUCAUUGCCACUCACCCUGCCAGAGACCAUGCCUUCUUUGUGGACGAGUUUGACUACCUCUACAAAUUGGUCCCCCAGGUCAUCCAGAACAUUUGUACAGAGUUCAACUCACAGCCUCGGAACUGAAUUCAGAGCAGGCAAAGCACCAGCAAACGCUCUUUCCCAACCGGCUCAGGCACAACCCCCAACGCCGCAGGGGACACACGUGGGGCAGCAAGGCACGCAGGGCUUGGAAAUGACGCGUUGUUAUUACUCUUUGCCAGUGUGGGUUUUCAUACUUCAAACCUUGGAGUUAGAAAUUGAUUGUAAAUUUGUAGAAUGAGCCAAAAUGAUAGGUCGUUUUGGGAGUGCUGGGGAUUUUACAUUUGGAGAACUGUCUUCAAAAUAAAUGUUGAGAACAGAACAUGGCACUUACAACAGGCUUAACUAGCGCUUUUGCGAGGUUUUUAACAUUUUAAUUUCCCAUUAGAAUUCUGUAACUCUCCACAAGUUUCAGUUUUGUCAUGACAAUAUAGGAGUUGCUUAAUUAAAUGUCUGAAAAGCUUUCAUGCAA